AACACGAUAUUUCAUUUGAAACAGAUUUUUUGCAACACUUUUUUUUAAAAUUUGGAUUUAGCUGUUUGAUCUCAUUGACGCAUUAAGCCAGAAAUGCUUCUGAACCAAGAAAGCCCGAAAUUUAUCGAGAGAAUGACUUGGAUCAACUCACUGCCAAUGGUAGCCACUCUGAUAAAUGGUCGCCAUGUCAUCAUUGACUUCAUGACUGAACUGCAGCUAACGGAGACCUACUGCAUGAUUCAGGAGGCCGCCCAACAUGGAGACGGAUACGGAAUCGACGAGUUCGACUCCGAGAAAGACUUCCGCCGAGAAAUUGAAGGAAGUGACUGCUUUGCCGUGAUUUGCAAAGAAAGUGGCGAACUGUUAGCUGGUUUUAUCUUAGCCGUCAGCAAAUUUUAUCGUGGAGCAAAUGGAGUGGUGGAUCCUUUCAUCAUUGUCAAACGCUCCGAGAGAAACCAGAAACUUGGCGAAUUCUGCAUGCGAAAGGCCAUCGAGUUCUCCGAAAAGAUCGGUUAUAUGGGCAUGUACGUGGACACUUUCUCCAACAAUAUUGCCGUCCGGCGUAUCAUUGAAAAGAUCGGAGACUUUCAGCAAGUGGGUUUCCUCCCAUUGGGAGGCAAGCUUAAGAAUGGACAAUUGAUCGGGUCCGUAAUAUACUAUCGCGAUCUGUCUCCAAUAAGCGAUACGUGAGAUGUCUCGACCAAAUAUUGGACUUAAUACCCAAUUAGGCCCAAAUUGGUGAAAACUUGAGAAGAAAUUGAACUCUUCUACAUCUCGAACAAAUCGGGUACCGGCGCGCGUUCCGUUCGGACGGAACGGAGAGCCUCCAUCCCAGUAGCUAGAACGUACUACAGAACUGAACAUUACUGUGACUUGGAUUGAAUCGAAAGAUUUAAGACUGGUGUUAUAGUUUGAUUUCAGUCAAGUAUUUAUGUCGGACUGUCUCAGUAAUUGUAUAUACUUGAUACCAAGAGAUGUUCUUGCUAUUACGUUCUGAUGAUACCACAAGCUGUAUUAAACAGUCCAACAAAUGUUGGUGCUAAUUGUUUAUAUGUCAAAAUGACGCUAUUCAAUAUUUCCUUGUUUAAGUUUAAUAAAAUGAUGAAAAACUGCA